AUGUAAGAUAGUUAAAACCUGAAGGAUUUGCAAGUUUAACUCAAUAGAUUUAUCAGUAAACUCGAGGAAUUAGAACGAGAAAAUAAAUACUUGAAGGAAUAAGUUCUGAAUUAAUAAUGCUAAUUGAUGCAAAAUGUAAAAAUAAUUGAUGCAAAAUAUCAAUAAAUUCAUCGUAAGUAAAUUAAAUAAAUUAAACAAAGAUAUUUGAAGUGUCUGUAUAAAUAUGGCACUUUUUAGAGUUGUCUAAACAGUAUGAUUAUUCAAUACAAUAAAUUAAUCGAUAAAUUUGGUAUAGAUGACACAAUCAAAAUGGAUCUGAAAAGCUGUAUAGAGAAAUAUGGGGUUAUUUAUGAAAAGAAUAAAAUAAUCGAUGAAGACGAGAUGAAGAUUAUUAUAAAUGAGAGAAUUUAAAAAGAGAGCGAGGAAAUACACACACUUUUCUUUCCUACUAAAGUUUAUCAAUAUUUAACUGAUAAUGACUCGCUAUAGAACACUUGUACAUUUCAAUCAUUACAAUCCCAGAGAGUUAGAAUGUAAAAUUCUAUGUAAAAUACUUAAGAGAUGAUCACGGAUAAUUCUGAUGACACUAUAAUAAAUAAUCUGACCACUUAAAGGUAUUUGGAAAAGCUUCAAUUUGAUUAUUAAAAUGAUCAAACAUUGCACUAUCCAAAAACCUUUAAAGUGGAAAAGCUAUUAUAAUAAACGAACAGAGAUUUAAGUUUGUAAAACGUGACAGACAGAUCAUAGAAGUCGAAAUUUGAUAGAAAAGGAGACAGUAAAUAGGAGUAAUUCAGAAUAUCGCCUCAUAAAUCAUAAAAUAUGUCAGGACUUGAAGAUAGAUUGAAAAGAUUUGAUAAUUAAGAGAAUGAGGGAGGUCAUCCUAGGAGGAGAUCAAGAGCUGAUAGAAUUAAAUAACAAUAGUGA